UGCAACUACUGUCGAAAUAUGCGAGAAUGCUGAAAGUUGGAUUGAAACCUGGAAACUGCAACACCAAGUGGCUAUGAAGUCCUUCGUCUCGGUCACCUUCAAAAAAGAAAACAAAUCGAACAGGAGCGCUGAACCCGUCACAAAUAGGUUUGAACUCGACCAGAAUGAUCCUGGGACCGGCGAGUCCCAGCCAAGAUAAAUGUAUUCUAUGGAAAGUGAGACCUCAACCGACCCAGAAGCGUUGUACUCACGCACACGUGAAUCUGAACUGGAACUUUUUUGACAUCGAAUAGCGGCAACCCUGACUAAUGGUUUCUCCGUUCGAGAACAUGUUCCCGAAAGCACAACCCAAAACUGGUAUUUCAUGGGUAACGUGUCAGAGGAAAACAGACUUAGGAGCCUUGUCCAGCCUGAAAUCGGAGAAACCCAAGAUCCGAACAUUUCCCAUCUGAGUGAUAGCUCCAAUAUUCAAAAGUUCCCACUCAUAAGCACCAGAGACAUCCCAUGAAGGUUUCAUGAGUGCGCUCGUCUGGAGCUCUGUCGAUCUGUUGUACCACAGUGUCAAGAAUUUGGCCAACUUUGUUGUCCAUGGGCUUGAAGUCGGCCCAAUUCGCCCAAGAGAGUGGGGAAAAAGCGCUCGCCUCUCAAGGGAGGGGAAUACACAGGUCCAACAGCGUCGUCUGAUUCGUCUCUCCCUCACUGAAGUGGACAAAAGCUGAGACUCUUCCCAAGGUUUACACAAACACAUCGUGCUGGGGAGCUUUCAUGCCAUUUUAUUGUAGUUCAAAUGAGAACUUGCCAUCAAAAUCUUCAUCCGGCCGAUACCUCUGUCACCUCUGUUCGAGCCGGUUCCCCAAUCAUUUUUUGGGAUUCACAUAAGGAUCACCACCAAGUUUGGAAUUGAGAUCCUCCAAGGAUGAGCGGCAGAGGAGAAGGAAGUAGCAACGCGUUCUUAGGCUGCAGUCAAGACCUGUUCCACCGAAAUCUUAGAGAUCAUGUUCAAAGUGCUGGAUUUUGUACCCAUGAUAACUGGAAGAGUGCCGUAAUUGGCCUGGGUCAGGAAUUGGAGCUACACGGUUUUUUAUCACCCUGUGCCAACGAUGAUACCGGGCAAGGCAAUUUGGACAUUAUUUCGUUGAUCAACACGACGUGGGAGCUCCUCUGCCAUCACCGCAAUGCCAUGAAAACAAUUUCGGAUCUAGAAACUCAAAUGCAACGGCUUCACUGCGAUGUGGAUCAGUUCCAUACCAGUGCCUUAAGACAGCGAGAACUUCUAGAGGCGAAAUCCAGGCAACUUCAUGAGGUUACUGAACGAGAUCGUAGAACCCAUCUCAUUUUGGAUGAAGAGAAAUUGCGUUUAAAGAAUCUUAAAGAAGAGAUGAAGCGCCUCUCAAACUUAAUGAUCCAAAGAGACGCUCAAUAUCGUCACGAGAUGAAACGAAAAGACCUUGAUGUAUGCAAACUGAAGGAUAAACUCAUGAAAGUUCUCACUGAUAAAAGUGGCAAUAACGUUCUGCCCAUGGGGAUAGAAAUUGCGUCUCUUGUCUCGAAAUCUGUUGGAAAAUCCCGGGGUCGUUGGAAGGCAUCAGAAAAGAAUGACGGCGAAAUCCUGCACAAAGUAUGCGACGAUUACGAGGCCAAAUUAGAGGUACUUCGUGAUGAGAAUAUUCAGUUGAGGGAGGUACUCUACCGGAAUCUCAGCUCAAUGUUCCAAGCUUGUGUUGAGGCUCAAGGGCAAACAAAGGACUCGCAAUGCCAAUUUGUAAACCUACCGCUGAGUUUGGGCUGUAAAAGGAUCGACGAGAUAUCUAGAGAGGUGGUUCAGGGCAUUCAAAAUCGGCUCAAAAUUGGGUUUGAUUGUUCGACCAACAAACGGACAGCCGACCAAGCUGCUAUUGCAGGUCUACAGAAUGAGCUCCAACAAUUUCUUGAGAGCAAUUCAAGCAAAUUGGCUGAUCAAGCUACUGAUUUGGAGGAAGCAUUAUCAAAGGCAUUGACAUUCUUACAAGGUUUUCAAAGCCUACUCAGCACUUUGGACCAAGAGCGGACGAGUCUUCAAACCGAGCAACGAAAAUUGGAGUGCGUCCGUAAGAAGCUCCUUGCAUCUCUCGUUCCCAUGUUAGAUGAGUGCGGAUUACCAUCAACCUGGGAAAUUGAGGACGGUCCAUCGUGGAGCUCUCAUGCCAUCGCAACAAAUGAACAGAAUCAAGCUGGGCCAGUGUCCAUUGGGCCGCAAUAUUGCCCACAAGCCGUCCACCGAGUCGCCCUGGUUCACGCCCACACAGCCGAUCCCAAAGUAUCACUCGAGAGCAAGGCAUUCCGGAGCCCCAAUGGGGUGGUCAUGAGGGAACAUACCGCGGGCCAAAAUAGCGUUGGAAAUGGGGUGCGACCUCGCUCUGCCAAUAUGUCACCGCAGCGCUGGACGGUAGUUUCACCGACAGGCACGUUGUCCAAUUCUCCUGCCAUGGAAUCAAGUCAAAAAUCAAGGCAAGGACGGGCUCCACCUCCCCAACAGGAACGAGCGGAACGUUGCAACUCUUGUCUAAGCGAUCCAAAAGCCCUUCAACCUCAGGAGGGGCACUUUCUUCUCGGCACCUAAGCCUCACCUUGCCCAAAAGAAGUGGCACAACCCAUUCAAUCACUUCCGACUCCGACAGUGACCGCCCCUUGACGGGAGGCCAGUCGCCAAGUCCCGCCAAAGUUUACAGCAAUGCUGAACUGACGGACCAACUAGAGCGCUUGAGUCGUUAUAUUGAGCAACGCGAUCAGGGUGGCGAUCAAAAUCAACCGGUUUGCAUGUCGGAUGCAGAAAUGGAGAAUCAUCUUGAGGGUAUUCGUAAAGCUCUUCAAACGGGUUCCAAACCAUAAAUACAUACAUGUCAAAUCAAUCAGAGACAGCUUCAACAUUUGUUUUCGGUUUUAUAUUCCAGAAAUGCGGCUUGCAUUCGCAGUAUUAUAGUAGGAGUAAUAGUAGUGGUAAUAAUAGAAGUUUUAUUGUAGUAGUGGGGUAAGUUGGAGAGUUGUUUGUAGUGGGAUAUAGGUGUAGGGUAUAUUUUGUGGUGAUAGCGGAAGGAGUGAUAUUUUGUUUAUUAGAUCAAGUUUGAGUAGGGGUGUCUUGUGGCAAAAAUGAUAACUUGAAGUGAUUUUGGUUAUCGAGAAGGAGAAAAAACCAAUUUGUAACAGGGCCGUUUUGCUUACACCACCAUACAAUCCUGGAGGGAAAAGAAAGUGGAGAAGCGUUUCACUAUUACAUUUGAAUUAAAACCAUGGGCGAUUUAGUCCUGUGAUAUUUUGAGUUGAACAGAAACCAAGUCUAAGAGUUGGGACAGAAUCAAAGUUUAACUGCAUUUUAGAGGUGGUUGAACAAGACAGGCGAGCACUGGACUCCGAGGAAAAUGUGAUCGGAAGAGUUCAUUAUUAGUAGCGGUAGUAUAUUUAUUAUAUCUGAAGGAAUAUUUACUUUUAGGAUAAUAUUUGGAAAGGGCUGGCGGAGGAAUAAACGGCCAAAAAUAACAGGUUUACUAUCUUAUUUUUUUUUGUCAAGUUAUUGUCCACAUUUGCUCUCGUCCCCCCAUGAGCUCAUAACCAAAUUGACAUCUACGGAGCAUGGUUUGUGGUGGCUCGUUUUUUCACAAUAACUUGUAGAGGAUCCCCGGCUCAUGUCUCAGUUGAACAGAGGCCCCAUGUUGAGAGAGAAAAGGGUCUCGCUUUCCACGAGUACAUGAAUAUUGAUAUUGUUACAAUAUGAAGUUUGGUGGUGUCGGAAUAAGGACAAGUUCUUGUAUGUAGUAGUACAUUGUGAUCGCCAUGAUUGGCCAUUGGCUGUUGUUCAAGUAAUUGAGAUGAAAUUGUGAGGAGAGUUCAAGUUUGGGCUGUACAUUCACUUCCACACACGACAAUGGUUCUCGCCGUAUUUCUGGAGAAAAAGCUUACCAAUGCAAGAAUACUGAUCGACUCGAAACCAUGUGAUGUAGUAGGUAUUGAGGGCGGUGGUUUGUCAGUGCUCGUUGGGGUCUCGCCCCACGUCGGGGUAAUGCCUUUGUAUUCCUGGUUGUCAUCGCCAGUCAAGGGUGGACAUCGAUUUGAAAGUUCAUAAAUCUGACUCUCCCACUUUAUCUGUUUGUAGCGUGGCAUUCAACAUACUACCGCACCAAUAUUCGAAUAAUUUCAGGAGAACCAUGUCUACAUUCACACAAGCUGUCUGGUCAUCCAAUGGAGAUGAGAGACAACAAGAACUAAUGGCUGAACAAUGAAUCAAAAUUUCAAUCAAUCUCCAAGAGUUUUGUGCAAGAUGAUGAUAAUAGUUGUCCGUCCGUCCGUCCGUCGGUCCGUCCUUCCGUCUUCGAGAUUAAUUCGUUCUUAGCGGCAGAUUUUGGACCGAGAUUGCGAAGGAAAACAAUUGGAAUUUGGCAAAUAACGUGGAUUCUUAUCAAGAAAAAAGGCGGCAUAAAAUGCACUUGCACGAUUGAUACAUAUGAUUCGUAUGUACAACCUAAACAAGGAUGCUAAGGGAGAGUUUGUUUUCAGGGUAAAAAUUAGAAAUGCCAUUAUAGAGCGGGAUCAUCUAUCUGCCUUGCGUUUUUUUUUUUUGCGCCAAUUUACGGGACUUCAACUUGCUUUUUGUGGCAGCCCACUUUGACAAGAAGAUCUCGUUUUCUUUGGGCCAAGAAGACAAGGGGAUCGAAGGAAAGGAAAUGGACCAGGAGGGUAGAGGAAAGAGCCCCGAUAGUAGGGAACAGGGAAACGAGCGGCAUUGGAGAGAAUCAUAUCUUAUCAUCACAGUCUUAGGCAUAGUUCACUUUUCUUUUCUUCCUUUUCUUCAUCUUCAAAUUGUGUAGGUAGAAAACUCACUGGUUGCAACGGUUCUCUCCAAUAGAUUCAAGGUGGGUGUUGUUGAUUUCUCACAGAAUUGUAGCCAUUAGAUCGAAAGAUCCUCCAAUACCCGUUGGUGAACGAGGCUAGGGAACACGGUUUAUGUAUGCAUAGCACUUGUUAACCACCACUCACACACACUAAACAACAUUCCAUCAUCUGAUUUUGUACUAUCAUUAUUUUUAUGUUAUUUUUUGGAUUAUCCAA